AUUACAGUAUAGACUCUGUGUUUUCCUCUCCGCCGUCUCUCGUCUUCCUCCGACGACUCUAUUAUUUGAGGAUCCGUUUGAGGGCCAUGGGCCUGCUGAACAUCCUCUCGUCCAUCAAAGACCGAGCCGAGAAAUUCCUAAAUGAGAAGAACGUGGUGGCUGAUUUUCUGGGGAAGUUGGAGGAGAAAACGGGGAUAAGGAAGAAGAUCAUUGCAGUGGGUGCCAUAUCACUGACCGGACUCUACCUGGUGUAUGGAUAUGGCGCCGCCCUCCUCUGCAACCUGAUUGGUUUUGCCUAUCCAGCAUAUUAUUCAAUCAAAGCCAUCGAAAGUACAAGCAAAGAAGACGACACAAAAUGGCUGACGUACUGGGUGGUCUAUGGUGUCUUCAGCCUGGGCGAGUUCUUCUCCGAUAUUUUCCUCUACUGGUUCCCUUUCUACUAUGCUUUUAAGUGUCUCUUCUUGUUGUGGUGCAUGGCCCCUAUUUCGUGGAACGGCUCCCAGAUGAUCUACAACAGAGUGGUGCGGCCCAUCUUCCUCCGCCACGAGGCCACGGUGGACAACUUGGUGAGCGACCUCAGCGGCAGGGCCAUGACUGCUGCUGAGAACCUCACCAGGGAAGUCCUGUCCACGCUGAUGAGGAAUAAAGUUUUGGAGUCUCUGGGGCCGUCGGCCGCUCAGCUUGAAACCAAAAGUUUACCAGCUGCAUCAACAGCUAAUGUAGCUCCUUCAGAGUCGAGCGAAGAACAACCACCUUUCCUGGGUUAACCAGUAUGGCUGAGCUCAGUGUAGACUGAUGCCCUUCAGAUAGCAGCAAAAAAAGAGGAGGACCCUCAGUGAAGAAGAGCAGCUGCAUCCUCACAGAUCCCACUGAUAAAGAAUAUCACAUGUCAAAGAGACUGAUCAAAUGUUAUAUUUAUAUACAAGUCUGUAACAUCAAAAACUCAGGCCGACUCUGCAAAAUGACUGAUUUUAAGAACGUAGUUUCUUAUUGCUGUUUUCAUUUUAUUUAUUUGUAUUUAUUGAUGAAUAAUGCAAAGCACCUGAAACUGGCUCAUAACUCUCGAACUCACUAGCUCACGUUUAGCAGGCUGCAGAUUCUCUACCAGGUGGAGCUGUGGCAUCCAUGUGAGAGCAGUUCUUCACCUGCCAACCUGCAAUACCUAUAACGUAACAGCAGUUUAGACCUGCAGGUGUGGACACAUCAACGGUGCCUCCUACAGGCAAAGAAAAUAACAGCUGCAAAGAUUUUAACACCUGCAGACAGUAGUGGUUCAGCUUACUUUUUUUUCUCCUUUCCAUGUUUUUUAUUUGUGUGUUUUUUUAGGUUUUAUAUUUAACACCAUUUGAAACUGUUUCCUUUUAUGGAAAGAUGGUGCAUUUCAACAUCUGAAGGAACUGCAGCUCUGCAAUCGGACAUUUUCCUCUGGGCCUGUCUUCGGGUGCUUCGCAUCAGUAACAAUGUGUGUCCUUAUAUAGUUUUCAACAGUGUUUCUAUUUAUUUUUGUUUUGUUUAUACACAUCAAUGCGAUUCUGACCAUGAUAUGAAAAUUACGUUAUGAUAAAAAUAAACAAUGCUAGUCAGCAUAAAGCUAAA